AUGGAGUUGCAAAGACUUCAACAACAACAACAACAACAACAGCAGCAGCAACAACAACAACAACAACAACAGCAGCAGCAACAACAACAACAACAACAGCAACAACAACAACAACAACAACAACAACAACAACAACAACAACAACAACAGCAGCAGCAGCAGCAGCAGCAGCAGCAACAACAGCAACAUCUUCGUCAAAUGCCAAUUGCCAAUACAGACAAUCAUAAUUUUGGUGGUAAUAUCCGAAAUAUUAACCAAUCCCAUCAAGGGGCUAAUGGUUUGAUCAAUGGUUUUGCCAACAACAACAAUAAUGGUUUCGUCAACAACAACAAUAAUGGUUUUGUCAAUAACAACAAUAAUGGUUUUAUCAACAAUAACAAUAACAGUUCAAAUAACAAUACUAUGGAUCGCAAUACCAACAAGAGCAUUAAUAGCAAUAUCAAUAACAACUUACAGAGCAACCCGGGGACCCCAAAUUCAAUGCAAAACUUCCCAAUAAGCCCACAUCAACAAUAUGGUAACCAGCAACAGCGAAUGCCUCAACAUAUGCCUCGACAAAUACCUCAACAGAUGCCUCAACCGAUGCCUAGACAGAUGCCUCAACAGAUGCCUCAACAGAUGCCUCGACAAAUGUCUCAGCAGAUGGCUCAGCAAAUGCCCCAGCGAAUGCCUCAACAUAUGCCUCAACCAAUGCCUCAACAGAUGCCUCAACCGUUGCCUCAUCAAAUGCUUCCACAGAUGCCUCAGCAAAUGCCCCAGCAAAUGCCCCAGCAAAUGCCCCAGCGAAUGGCUCAGCGUAUACCUCAGAGUAUGCCUCAGAGUAUGCCUCAGAGUAUGCCUCAGAGUAUGCCUCAGAGUAUGCCUCAGAGUAUGCCUCAGAGUAUGCCUCAGCGAAUGGCUCAGCGUAUGCCUCAACAAAUGCGUCAGCAAAACCAGCUGCGGCAACAAAUUCAACCGUUGUCGCAGCCAUUAUCACAACCGGUAGCACUACAACAAAAUCCUCAAAAACAGAAGCAAUAUUCACAACAGCUGUUUAAUAGCCAGUUAUUGAGUCCUGAAGAUCAGCAACUCUCAAAAACCCAAAUCAACGCGUUCAAAUUACUCUUCAGGAAAAUGCCUUUACCGCAAGAUAUUUAUAAUGGAAUUUCUACUCAUUAUCAACAAAUAAAGGGCAAAAAUACUAAAGGUCAAAAUAACUCGUUUACUGCGAGUCCUCGGAAGCCUCGGGAGGCACCUUUAGUAUCUUUACCCCACAAAUCUGCUGUACAACAUAUAUUUAAUUCCUCUAAGGGUUCGAUGCCAGCGCAUCAGCUUAUUCGACGAAAUUCACAGUCUCCGAUGGUUGUCGCUUCCUCUCCAUUAGGUAGACCACCAUCAAAGCAUUUCAAUGUUAGGAAAUCAAAUAUUUCCUCUAGUGCUUCGCCAAUCAUGCCUCCGCCGAGGGUACAAAACGGCCGCGCACAUACUAGACCAUUGAGACCAAUAACUGUAGUUGAUCCUCAACCUCCAGUUCCUGACUCAGAGAUUAUGAAGAGAUAUCGGACUUCAAGAAUUAUCAAGGUCAAGGAUCCAAGUAUUUUAGUCGAUGCUUAUAGUUUGCCUGUUAGUAAUGAAAAUGUGUUGUUUAAUGUGUUAGAAAAGGCAAGACUCAUCUUCCCAGGGGUUUUCCCAAUAGGUAUUGAUGUUGACGGGGCACACAAGAUCAGAGAAACUACAAUAUCAUGGGAAAUCAAGGACACAAUCGAGUAUUUAGAAUACUAUUUGGAGAAUGGGGAAAUUGAAGAUGAACAACAACGUAUCGAGCUUGAGAUUGAUUUACGAGCCCUUAAAUUAUUAAUAGUGCAAAAGAAUUUGAGAGGAAAAUAUCUUUCAUUUUCCUGGUUCCAAAACACUUUGUUAUCAAACACUCAUCCAAAUUUCCUUGCGCGUAUUAGACCGGUGACGAUUCAAGAUGCUAUUUUGACAAGUAAAGUAUACACUGAACAACAAGCAAAGAUCAGGAUUUCCAGAAGAAACAAGAGAAUUAUUCAGGUUUCGAACCAAUUGGCCAAAACUCAGCUGGUUUGUCUGCAGAGAAACUCAGUGUUUGAUAAACUUAAAAAAUUCGGUAAACAAGUGACCAAUUUCCAUAGCAGUACAGAAAAGGAAGAACAGAAAAGAGUUGAGCGUAAUGCCAAACAGCGUUUACAGGCCCUUAAGGCUAAUGAUGAAGAAGCUUAUAUUAAGUUGUUAGAUCAAACCAAGGAUACAAGAAUCACCCAUCUCUUAAAACAGACGAAUCAAUUUUUACUGUCACUUUCAGAGUCUGUUAAAGAACAACAAAGAGAAACUAGAGGCCUCAGUGAGUCCGCAGGACACGCUAUUGAAUCCGAAGAGGAAUUACGCAAACAAUUUGGGGGUGAUACUGAUGCUUCAGAUAUAGAUUAUUAUAACGUGGCGCAUAGAUAUAAAGAAGUGGUCACCAAACAACCAAGUAUUCUUGUUGGGGGCACUUUGAAGGAAUAUCAACUCAAAGGUUUGCAAUGGAUGGUAUCAUUGUUUAAUAACCAUCUAAACGGUAUUUUAGCCGACGAAAUGGGUCUUGGGAAAACUAUUCAGACUAUUUCUCUCAUCACUUAUUUGGUUGAAGUGAAAAAAGUUCCAGGUCCGUUCUUGGUAAUUGUUCCAUUAUCCACUUUAACAAACUGGAAUAUUGAAUUUGAUAAAUGGGCUCCAUCGAUUAAAAAGAUCACAUUCAAAGGGUCUCCUAAUCAACGUAAAGCCAUGCACAAUGACAUUCGUACUGGGAAUUUCCAAAUUUUAUUAACCACUUUUGAUUAUAUUAUUAAAGAUCGUCCACUUUUGGCCAAGAUCAAAUGGGUUCAUAUGAUUAUUGACGAAGGGCAUCGUAUGAAGAACAGUAAAUCUAAAUUGUCUUAUACUUUGACCACCUAUUACCAUACUGAUUAUCGUUUGAUCCUAACUGGUACACCAUUGCAGAAUAAUUUGCCAGAGCUUUGGGCGUUGCUUAAUUUUGUGUUGCCAAAGAUCUUUAACUCUGUGAAAUCUUUUGAUGAUUGGUUUAAUACUCCAUUUGCCAAUACUGGUUCCCAAGAUAAAAUGGAUUUAUCGGAAGAAGAAACUUUACUUGUGAUCCGUCGUCUUCAUAAGGUGCUUCGUCCAUUCUUGUUGCGUCGUCUUAAGAAGGACGUUGAGAAAGAUUUGCCAAGCAAGAUUGAAAAGGUUAUUAAGUGCAAGAUGUCAGCAUUGCAACUGCGGUUAUACAGAUACAUGUUGGAUCACCGCGUUCUUUUCGCCUACAAUCAUGAAUUGAAGAAAGUGUACCCAAUUAAGGGAAAUAAUAACCCAAUUAUGCAGUUGAAGAAAAUCGUUAACCAUCCAUUUGUGUACGAUGAAGUGGAAGAUACUAUCAAUCCGACUCAUGAAACUGAUGAAUUAAUUUGGCGCACUUCGGGAAAAUUUGAGAUCUUGGAUCGCAUUCUUCCUAAAUUCAAGGCGUCUGGCCACAGAGUGUUAAUUUUUUUCCAGAUGACUCAAAUUAUGACUAUUAUGGAGGAUUUUCUCAAUUUGAGAGGUCUUAAAUAUUUAAGACUUGAUGGUGGUACUAAAUCAGACGAUCGUACCAACUUAUUGAAAGUUUUCAAUGCCCCAAAUUCUGAGUACUUUGCAUUCUUGUUGUCUACUCGUGCUGGUGGGUUAGGUCUCAAUUUACAGACUGCAGAUACCGUGAUUAUUUUUGACACUGAUUGGAACCCGCAUCAAGAUCUUCAAGCUCAAGAUCGUGCCCAUCGUAUUGGGCAAAAGAAUGAGGUGAGAAUUUUGAGAUUGAUCACCCAAGAUUCUGUCGAAGAAAUGGUUCUUGAGCGUGCUGCCGAAAAGUUGGACAUUGAUGGGAAGGUCAUUCAAGCUGGUAAGUUUGAUAACAAGUCUACUGCUGAGGAACAAGAGGCGUUGUUGAGACAAUUGAUGGAAGCAGAUGAAAUGAAGAAGACUACUGAAGAAGAGGAAGAACUCACUCCUGAAGAAUUGAAUGAUAUCUUGGCGCGUAACGACGAAGAAAAGAUAUUAUUCAAACAAAUUGAUUUACAAAUGGAAAAAGAAUGGUUUGAGCGUAAUAAGCGCAAUGGUAGCAGCGUCCCGCGUCUUUUUGAUAUCUCAGAGCUACCAGAAUAUUAUAGGAAGGAACCGCCAGCUAAAAAGAGUAUGGUGGUGGAUGGUGCUCGUUUCAAAAAGAAGAUUUCGUACAUUGACGAGAGUAUGUCGGAAUUUGAAUGGUCAAAGGCUAAUGGGUUGGUAGAGGAUGAUGGUACAACGGAUUAUGGUGAUGAUAUGCCUAGAAAACGAGGACGUAGAAGAAAAAAUUAUCUUGCUGAAAUCAGAGAAGAUGGUGAUGCUGAGGAUAAUCACCUUGGCGAUGAUGAUGAUGAUGAUGAUAAUGAUGUGGACGACCUGGAUGAUGAUGACGAUGACCUUGAUGACAUUGAUGUUGUUAGACGGAAAAGAAGACGGGUUGUAGAAGAUGACGAGGACUUGGGGGCUGAUGAUAGUCCUCGAAUGGGUGCAGCAAGAGGCAGAGGCCGUGGAAGAGGCCGUGGAAGGGGUAGAGGUAGAGGAAGAGGCCGUGGAAGAGGUCGUGGAAGGGGUCGUGGAGGUCGUGGUGCUUCCAGAGAUCCGAUGAGCGAACCUGAGGAAUAUGUGGAAUUGACGGCUGAGCAACGUGGUAAAUUACAAUUCAAUCUUAAAGCGAUUCUUAAAGCUGUCAAUGAAUACCAAGAAGAGACCGGUUAUGAAGAACAACCAUUGCGUUACUUAUCUGAGAUUUUCAAGGAAAAACCAUCAAAGAGAUUGUAUCCUGAUUAUUAUGCGAUUAUCGAACAACCAAUUUCUCUUAAAGAGAUCAAGAAGAAAGUCACAGGUUUUGGGUACUUCAAGGUCGAUCAGCUCAUGAGGGAUUUGAGGUUGAUGUUUGCAAAUGCCAAGAAGUAUAACCAAGAAGGAUCAAUCGUUUACAAUGAUGCGAUUAAGUUGCAACAGGUUUCCCAAGAUGUGUGCUCUAAGCUUGAAGAUUUACCCGAGCCAAUUUUGAAGUCGGCUGCUGCUGCUGCUGCUGCUGCUGCUGCUGAAAGUACGAAGCAACAACAAGAUACUACGGCCACUUCAGAACUUAGUGCAUCAGUGACUCAACAACAACCACCGCCAAAUAUUGAUACUGGUAAGUUGAGCAGUAAUGAUGCGAUAAUUUCAUCAAAUGAUGCGUUAGUAGGGAGCAAUAUUAUGCCUGGGUUCAUGGAUAGUAAUCCAGAUGAAGAGAAUACGAUUAAAUUCCUGCUUGAUGAGGAAAGCACUGGAGAUGGAGAUGGUUUUUGUUUAUAA